AUGGAGACAGAUGGAGGAGGCUGGGUCGUGUUCCAGAGGAGACAGGAUGGCUCUGUUGACUUUUACCGUACCUGGGCUGAAUACCAGUUCGGGUUUGGUAAUCUGCAAAAUGAGUUCUGGCUGGGGAAUGAUAUCCUGCGUGACCUUACUGGAUCGGGUCAAUGGGAGCUCAGAGUAGAUAUGGAAGAUUGGCAGUCCAACACAGCUUGGGCUUCUUAUGGUGAGUUUGCUGUUACAGGCGACAACUACACUCUCCAUGUUGGUUCAUACGAUGCUCAGAGUACAGCAGGUGACUCUUUGACUGAUCAUAAUGGACGACCCUUCACAACAAAGGAUCAGGACAACGACUUAAGUUCAAAUAAUUGUGCAGAGAAAAGGAAAGGUGCUUGGUGGUUUACAGCCUGCCUCACGGCUUAUCUCAAUGGCCAAUACCACAUUGAUGGAGAUAUUGCGUUUAAGAAAGGCAUACUGUGGGCAACCUGGAGGGGGAAAUAUUACUCCCUCAAGAAUUGCAGCAUGAAACUACGCCAAGUAGGCCUACAGUAG